UGGAGUGAGAGCAGCAACGGCAGUAGGUUUGUGUGCCUGCGGUAGCGAUAACGCUUAAGAGUGGGCAAUUAACCGGCGUUGGCCAUGUGGGUGGGAGGCAAGACGCUCGGCCGAUGUGCGUGGUGCUGCAUGUCGGGCGUGCGGCAGGCCAGCGCCAAGGCUGGCGCGCACGUGACACUGCGCAUACCGCAGGGCUCUCUGCGCGGCAAGACGCAGCUGACGCCAGCUGGCAAAGUGUUCCGCAGCUUCCUGCGUAUACCCUACGCGAAGCCGCCAGUCGGGAAGCUCAGGUUCCAGCCACCAGAGCCACCUGAAUCAUGGAAUGGUGUCAGAGAUGCCACAACUUUUGGUGAGGUGGCACCACAGAUUAACUUACUGACUGGAUCUUGCAAAGGAAAUGAAGACUGUCUUUUCCUUAAUGUCUACACUUCAACGACAGAAGAGAACUCAGGGGAUCUGAAACCUGUCAUGGUGUGGCUACAUGGAGGAGGUUACAUUAUGGGCUCUGGAAAUGCGGAUUUUUAUGGUCCAGAGUAUCUCCUUGAACACGAAGUUGUAUUGGUCACAUUAAAUUAUCGUCUUGGUGUUCUUGGUUUCCUUAGCACUGGUGACUCUGUUGUUUCUGGUAAUAUGGGGCUAAAGGACCAAGUAAUGGCACUACGGUGGGUCAAAGACAACAUUGCACUUUUUGGAGGUAAUCCAGAUAAUGUGACAGUGUUUGGAGGAAGUGCUGGAGGAAUGUCAUCUGAGUAUCUUAUGCUUUCACCAAAAGGCAAAGGUUUACUGCAUCGUGCAGUAUCACAAAGUGGAGUGGCCAUUGCGGACACAGUUUGUAACACAGAUGUUCCAGAAAGGGCAUUUCGUCUAGCAAAGUACCUUGGCCUCUCCACAAACAAGUCAGCUGACCUACUGGACUAUAUGAUGAAGGUCCCUGCAAAGACUCUAACUGAAAAACAGGUCAAAGGAUUCUCGGAAAAGGACAAAGCACGGUUUUCAUAUUUUCCAUUCUUGCCCACUGUGGAAGAGUCAGUACCUGAGAGUGAUGCAUUCAUUAAGAGGCAUCCACUGGAAAUUCUUAAGAAUAAUGACUAUUUACCAGUCCCCUAUCUGCUUGGAAUAAAUGAACAGGAAGGCAUACUUUAUUUGAAAGACUUAUUAACAAAAAAUGAAGUACUGUCAUUCCUGGAUAAGAAUUUCAAGUACCUUGUACCCACUGACAUAGCUGACAAAAUAAAGGAUGUUACACCUGUAUCUGAAGCUAUAAGAACUUUCUACUUCAAAAAUGAAAGGGUAUCAGAGUCCACACUUGAUAUAUUGCUUAAUCUGCUGGGUGACAAACAGUUUAAUUAUCCUGUUGUGCGAGCUGCAACUCUACAUUCAGUGCAGAAGUCAUGUCCAGUUCACCUGUAUCACUUUUCUGCAGAUACAGGUCUCAACUAUGCUAGGAAACUCUUUGGCGUUCCAGAUAAACGCGGUGCAUGUCACUCUGAUGAAACUGCCUACCUCUUCAAAAAUACUGCCAUGCCAACAGAAGUCAAACCCCAUUCUGCAGAAGAAACUGCUAUAGUGAGGAUGACAAAACUGUGGACAAAUUUUGCUAAGACUGGGAACCCAACUCCUGAGGAUGACCCACUGCUGACUGUUAAAUGGCCUUUAUUUAAUGCAAAUAAUCCAGAAUACGUCAACAUCAGCCAUACAGGAUUGGAAGUAGGAAGCAACUUGUUGCAAGAACGUAUGUCAUUUUGGGAAGAUCUCUACAACAAGCUGAAUUUGUGAUAAUAUGUGCUUAUGACUGAUAUGGUAAUGAAAUAACUUUGUAAGAAUGCAAGACUGUAAUAUUUACUAAACAAUGUAAAGACAUUAGUUGACCAACUAAAAAGACUGAGGAAUGUAAGAUGAUUUGGGAUCAUGUGAAUGACUCACAAUCUGAACAUUUAUUUAUGUAAAAAGAGUCAUAUAAAAUGACUCUUAAAAGCUAUGUAAAUAUGUAUAUUUCUUACAUAGUUUGUUAUGUGCAAACAUAUU